AAAAAAAACAUAAUAUCAAAAUGUCCAAACCACCCCGACCAAGUCCCUACACCUACACCGACGAAAAAUGGAAAGUCCACACCGUCCACCCACCACGCUACAUGUCCACAAGCAGAAUAGAUGGCAUCACUCGUCCAACACGCCCAGCACGAGUUAUUGGUAUAGGCACACCCAGCAUCGGGCUGCGAACAGCAGGAGAAAGGGCAGCUGAAUCCGACAUGACAUUAUGGGCGAGCUGUGAGAGCGUGGAAGAGUAUGAGAGAAAAAGACGGGAUUUCGAUGCAGCAAAGACAGAAGCGGGUGAUGAUCAGCCUGCCUUCCAUCCGUUCCCGCGUCUGCCGAUAGAGUUGCGACAUAUGGUGUGGGAGAUGGUGAUGGCAGAACCGACGGAGAUCACGAUUACCUGUUCGGGGUAUACGGCUGCCCGACGGUCGACGGGAUGGUGUGGGACUGUUUCCAGGGGUCGACCACGGAUAUACGCCACCACGGCGUUCAUGCCGGCGCUGAUGCUGGUGAAUAAGGAGACAUACGCUCUUGCAUCUCGCCACUACCGGCGUGCUUUCCGGGGCGUGAAUGGCGGUGGUGGAGUUCUUGCUGCGUAUCCGAGUAUUCUAAGCAUUGAAAAGGAAAUGAUUCCCCUCCUGCCCAUGGAGGAUCUGGAAAUGCUCACUGAGCUUGUUGUUGUUGCUACUCCGCAACUUUUGGGGGUUGAGUUUUCUCCCGAGUUUUCGGAACGGCUGAAGACGAUGCUGGGGACGGGGUCGAUACGCCGGUUGGAGGUGAGGCUGACGAGGGCGAUUACCAGUAGAAAUGGGAGGGAGGUUGAUGAUUACUUUGCGUCUUUGUUUGCUGAGAUGAAGGCCGUGGAUAUGGGAUGGGUUGCGCCGGAACUGAGUGUUGGGCCUGUGAAGGAUGAAAGCAUAGAUCAACCAAAGUGAAGGAAUAAUAUACACAGUAUUGUUCUAACUACUAUCUAACUGUGGAAUCCCUAUGAUGCCAUCCUCUACUAUACAGAUAACUAUAUCCAGGAGUUGACUAACAGACCGGCUAUUGACAAAAUCCACUAGAUCAAAGAAACUCUUCUGUGUUGUUUUUGUAGGCGAGAUCGGUCUCGCUGAGGGGGAUGUAGGUUGGUACGACUUCUUUGUAUGUGCUGGGAUAGACUUUCCACGGUAGAUGGAUUUCCGAUGGUGGAUAGAGGGAACUCGUUACAGCUCACUGCACUCAAAAAGUCUAGUGGAC